AUGUUUGCCCCUGAUCACAUCCAUCGUUCGGAAAAACCCGGUGUGAUUUUAAGUUACGGCCAAAAUCCGGGAGUGCCCAAAUAUUCAUUGCAGGACCGCGACGAAAUUUACGGACUAGAGAACAGGUUCUACACUGGUUUGUCCCCACGAGACCUUGACGAUAUUGCCGUUGGAUUGGCUCCAGAUGUCGAUUGGGUCCAGGCAGGUGAAAACCACGAACCCGAAGAACCCGAAACCGAAACCGAAGACGCUCCUGAAGAAGAAGCCCAAGUGAUCGAAGUCGAAGUCAACGAAUCGAAUCCGGAACAGCGUCAAGUGAUUGUGUAUCUGCCCGAUUCCGACUCUGAAUAG